AUGUUCUCAGCCUUUGGUCGCCGGGUAACAUCCUUGAAGGAAAAGAUCCCGCUUCUAAACAAACUUGAACUCAAUUUCAUACUCCUCCACUAUGCCUACAUCAUAUCCUGGGCUAUUAUCGGCUCCGUCAUCGUUUACCCUGGUGGUAAUAUCGACUACAUCGACGCCCUCUUCCAAUCCGCCGGCGCAGCUACCCAGAGUGGCUUGAACACUGUCAAUCUGAAUGGACUCUGGCUAUAUCAACAAAUCGUCCUAUACCUGAUCACAUGUCUAUGCACACCGAUCUUCAUUCACGGCGCCCUGGUGUUCAUUCGGUUAUACUGGUUCGAGAAGCGCUUCCAACAUGUGGUCCGAGACGCUCGUGCCAUGCGACGGACCCGAUCCCGCAUGGAAACCGUGACCGAUGAUGGAGACAGCGAAGAUAUUAAUAUCAACCGUGCGGAGGGUGGAGUCAGCGGUCGACCCAUUACGGUGAUACGAGACGAUUCAGGGGAUGCCCGGGACACUCGAUUGACGGAUACGGGUGGCAAGCACAUCAACUCCGGCAUCAACACACCAGAAGGCCGGGGGAGCAGUGUCGACUCUAGCUCCGAUGGAACAGACACGAGCAACGAACCCCGCUUUGGCCUCGGUAGCUUGAAGGUGCCAACCCAUUUGAACCCUGAACACCACAUUGCCUUCUUAGAAAAGCAAAGGAGGGACAAAGGAGCACUGCGCAUUCCAAGUCCCCGGGAAUAUGACCGCGGUGGUGCGCCUGAGGCUUUGGAAGAAGAUACGAACCAGGAGGGUGAGCAGGCUCAGCACUCCAGUGACCAUGACGAGCAAGACGAACACGUAAGCCCCGGUACACGUCCUAGUGCACACCCCGAGGAACUCGAUCAACUUGGUCCACUUGAAGGACCACACAUCACCAUCAACGAGCCAGAUAUCCCACGAACCCGUCCCCGCGGGAAUACGUUUCCUCGUCUGGACACUCGCCCCACUGUCCGGGAGACUAAAGACGGGAAUGAGACGACCACGCUUGGCCCUACUAACACGAGGAACACCUUCAGGGGGAUUUUCCGAUCUCUGACGCAAGAGCGUGACAUGUCCACCCAGCCGUAUCUCAGUUGGAAUGCGACAGUGGCUCGUAACUCCAAUUUCGUCGAUUUGACCGAGGAGCAGCGUGAUGAGUUGGGCGGUAUCGAAUACCGUGCGCUCAAGACGUUAGCCGUUGUUCUUAUCAGCUACUACCUCGGUUUUCACCUCAUCGGCAUGAUCAGCAUGAUCGGCUGGAUCAUGACCAAUGACAGAUGGGGUGACGUUGUCCGGGAUGAUGGAGUUGGGCGGCCGUGGUGGGGAAUCUUUACAUCUGCGUCCGCCUUUAACGAUUUGGGUUUCACCCUGACACCUGACUCGAUGUACUCCUUCCAGAGGGCCGUUUUCCCUUUGCUGAUGCUAUCGUUCUUGAUCAUCAUUGGCAAUACCGCCUUCCCAUGCAUGCUUCGUCUGAUCAUUUGGGUUAUGUCGAAGUUGACUCGUCAGGGUAGCGCGUUAUGGGAAGAAUUGAAGUUCCUUCUGGAUCAUCCUCGUCGAUGCUUCACUCUGUUAUUCCCUCGCAAUGCCACUUGGUGGCUGUUUGCGAUUCUCAUCGCGUUAAACGGCAUUGAUCUGAUCUUCUUCGUCAUCCUGGAUCUCGACGACUCUGCCGUCACUGUACUACCACCCGGGAUUCGAGUUUUGGACGGCUUCUUCCAGGCCGCUGCGACGCGAACAGCCGGUUUUGGAAUCAUCAGCCUUUCAGAUCUUCACCCCGCCGUCCAGGUUUCCUAUUUGAUCAUGAUGUACAUCUCCGUCUUUCCCAUCGCUAUCUCCGUGCGUAGAACCAACGUCUACGAAGAAAAGAGUUUGGGUAUCUACGAUGCCGCAGAGGAUGACGACGACGAAGAAACCAAUGCCCCCACCUAUAUCGGAGCUCACUUGCGACGCCAGCUGAGUUUCGAUUUGUGGUACGUCUUUUUAGGUCUGUUCAUCAUUGCCAUUGCAGAAGGAUCAAGAUUGCAGGAUCGAAAAGACUACGCCUUCCAGCUGUUCACUGUUUUGUUCGAGGUUGUCUCUGCAUACGGUACUGUGGGUCUGUCGUUUGGAUACACAAAUACCGAUACCUCCUUCUCAGCGCAGUUCAAUGUUGUCUCCAAGUUGGUGAUCAUUGCCAUGCAACUCCGCGGUCGCCACCGUGGCCUACCUUAUGCGCUUGAUCGUGCCGUCCUUCUCCCCUCCGAUGCCCUCAACCGACACGAGGCCCAAGAGGGAGAGCGCCGCAUGCGCCGCCGCACAUCCAACCUCAGUGGAGGUGGAUCUUUUGCCCAGUCGCAAUCACGCACUUUAUCUCAGGCGAGGAACGAUGCUGGUAUAUCUUCGGGUAUGGAAACCCAUGACUGGGAGACUCAUCCUGCUUCAAAUGGAGACUCGUUAGUGCAUCGUUCUUCGACUGUCCGAUCCAAUCGCUAG